UCAACCGUUGAUCAUGCCUGAAGCAGCCAGCGUCAAAGCGCCCAAGAAGGGCUCCAAGAAAGCGGUCACCAAGACCGCCACCAAGACCGGCAAGAAGAGGAGAAAGUCCAGGAAGGAGAGCUAUGCCAUCUACGUGUACAAAGUGAUGAAGCAGGUGCACCCCGACACCGGCAUCUCCUCCAAGGCCAUGGGCAUCAUGAACUGCUUCGUGAGCGACAUCUUUGAGCGCAUCGCCGGGGAGGCCUCCCGUCUGGCUCACUACAACAAGCGCUCCACCAUCACCUCCAGGGAGAUCCAGACCGCCGUCCGCCUGCUGCUCCCCGGAGAGCUGGCCAAGCACGCCGUGUCUGAGGGCACCAAGGCCGUGACCAAGUACACCAGCUCCAAGUAACCUGCUGCCGCUACUGCUACAAACCAACGGUUCUUUUAAGAGCCACCCACUUCAUCUACUGCUGCGUUCCUCUUACAAAGUGUCUAAUAUACGUCCAUAUACACUUUUUUUUUUUUUUUUUUUUAAAGCUGGUUUUAAAAUUAUUUAUUAUUAAACUGCUAUGCUCACUUG